UUUUUAAUUUGUCCAGUCAGAUGGAUUAUGAGGAAAACCUAACGUAGCUCUGUUGUUUCCACAACUAGAGGGCGAAAACGUUCUAUAUCACGUAUCACGUAAUUUAGUAUUUUCAAGCUAUUCCCAAUUUUUCUUAUUAGAAUGAAUUUAGCAAAGCAAGAAAAUAAUUACAUGGUUAUGAGUGAAGAAGAAGCAACAAAAUAUGUUACACAAUUAGCUGAAGAUGCAUGUACUAAAGGGGAUUAUAAACCAAUAUCAAUUUCUGCUUACACAACUGAGGGCAUAUAUCAAAGUUAUUCACUUAUUCCAACUAACAACGAAGAAGAAUAUAUGCUUUUGAUUUCCCAACAACCACAACAAAAUUUAAAUAUUGAAAAUAUAAAGCAAUCUCCCCAAAAUCACCCCAAAAGCUUGAUUGAUCUAUUCAACGAAAUGGAGCAAGAGGGCAUCUAUGAUACUGAGCAAUUAAGGAAAAUUCGCAUAAUUUUGCCUCAGAAACGGGGCAGACGUAGUAAUCAAGAUAUUGACCGGGUCUCCUCAGCUCCAAAUGUAUCAAUAGAUAAAAUGCGAUUCACUUGUGCACAAUGCGCAUACUCUUCAAAUAGAAAAUCGAUUUACGAGAAACAUUUGUUGACCCAUCGCACUGAACGGCCUUUCCAAUGUCACUUUUGCGAAAAGGCCUUUAAGACACAGGUUGCCCUCAAACAACAUAUCAAUAGUCAUGAGGGAAAGAAACCUAACAAAUGCACUGACUGUACAUCGGCUUUUACGACGCCUGGCGAAUUGCAUCGCCAUAUCAAAUACAUUCAUACUCAUGAAAAACCUCAUAAAUGUACGGAAUGUAAUUACGCGAGCGUUGAAUAUUCCAAACUAAGACGUCAUAUGCAAGCUCAUUUAGGAUUUAAGCCGUACGCAUGUCCUCAUUGUAGUUACAGAAGUGUCGAUAAUUUCAAACUCAAACGACACUUAAGAAUUCACACUGGCGAAAGACCAUACAAAUGCGAUAUUUGCCAAAGCUCCUUUAACCAGAGAACCACUCUUAAAAUGCAUAUAUUGACUCACUCAACUGAAAAACCAAAAUACAAAUGCCAUUUAUGUCCGUCCACGUGUGGUAGAAAAACAGAUUUAAGGGUUCACUUUCAAACUUUACACAAUUGCGAUAUACCCAUCUUGUGCAAAAAAUGUGGCAAAUUUUUUCCUGAUCGAUACACCCAUAAAGAACAUGCUAGAACUCAUAAAGGUGAAAAAUGUUUUAAAUGUGAGCUUUGUAGUUAUGCUACCCAUUUACGGCAAAAUUUGGAUAUGCAUAUGCUUGUCCAUACUAACCAAAAACCUAUCGUUUGCAAGUUUUGCGACAAACGUUUCAAACAAAAAUCUCAAAUGACCAAACAUAUGGAAGCCUUGCAUAUCGAUAAAGAGUUUGAAAACUUUAAAAAAGCGAAAAUGUUUCAAGAUCAACAUAUUAACCUGGGCAUGGAAACCGAUGAUAAUCAACCAAUUUUUGAAUCUAUUGAUGUUGAUUUAAGUUCUUCAGUUCAACCUUUAAAUAUCUAUAAUAUUAUGAACCCAGAAAAUUUAAAUGAAUCGAUUAAAGGGAAGAACAAAUACUGCUGUCAGCAUUGCUCAAAUGUCUACACUACAAAAUGUCGGUUAACUAACCAUAUAAGGACCACUCAUUUUAAAAAAAAGGUUGCAAUUCAACAAAAUCACGAAAAAAGAAACAACGAGAUCGAUGUUUUGCCCAAUAUUGAUGAUAAUAUUAUGGGAGAAGAUAUGAUAAAAUUUAGCAUAAAAGAAUUAUCCGGACUAAAAGAAAAUACUCUUAUUAUGAUUUUAGAAAAUGAUCUUGCAACAACCAACGAAUUUUAGUUAUUUCAAAGUUGUUCCGUUUUAUAGAAUGUACAUUUUAUAUUAGUAAUUGGUCUUGUUUCUCUUAACAUAACAAAUUAGUGUGAUAAAGAUUAUGCAUUAUAAAA